GUAAACUACCAGUACCUUGAGAUGUCGGCCAGAGUAGGUAGCUUGGCGCUUCGCCCUGUUGGCUGCCCGAUGACGCAUUCCAGCGUCUGGUUGGUGGCGCAGAGCAGCCCAAAGCUUGCGUUCCCCACUGAAUGUAUUCUUGGCAAGGCCCUGUCUCCACAACAUCCCUGCUCUUUCAUGGUGAGGCCGCCACUACCUUACAACCGCCCGCCGUGGCCGGCAUCCUUGGGCCGUCAAACCCAAACCCGGAAAUUUUGUCUCUGAGGUUAGUAUGGCCUUUCACAAAUUGCGAGGCAGUUGGGCGGAGAAGCCAUCCUGUUGUCAUCUUGUUGGAUUUUGAAUUCUCUAUCCGUGUCGGUUCAGCUAGGGAACUGAUGAGAAUGACAGCCCUCUAAUAGAUGUAGUAUGGAAGCUCUACAACACUUCUAAGCUCCAACCCGGCUGCCGAGCUCUGAUAUUGUCGCUAGAUAGUGUUAGUUUCAAAUAUCUUAUAUUAAAAGAGAUUCCAA